AGGCGGUGUGAAUUGCCUAUAUAAACAGACCUUUGCCUCUCGUUUGUAAUUAAUUCUUCAUCUCUUGCAAACCCUAAUCGCUCUGCAAAAGUUUCCUUAAUAUCUCUCUCACAAACACUUAUCGCUCUGCAAAAGCUUUUGAGAUUCCUCUCUCAAGAUGGUACUGAUGCAAAUCUUCGCAAGGACUCUAACAGAAAAAACCAUAACCCUUGAUGCUGAAAGUUCCUACACCAUCAAUAACGUCAAGGCACAGAUCCAAGACAAAGAAGGGAUUCCUCUAGACCAGCAACGGCUUAUCUUUGCCGGUAAACAACUCGAGGAUGGCCGUACUUUGGCUGAUUACAAUAUUCAAAAGGAGUCAAUUCUCCACUUGGCCCUUAGGUUGAGAGGUGGUAUGCAGAUCUUCGUCAAGACUCUUACUGGCAAGACCAUAACUCUUGAGGUCGAAAGCUCCGACACAAUUGACAAUGUCAAGGCAAAGAUCCAAGACAAGGAAGGAAUCCUGCCGGACCAGCAGAGACUUAUCUUUGCCGGUAAACAACUUGAGGACGGUCGUACUUUGGCUGAUUACAAUAUUCAGAAGGAGUCAACCCUCCACUUGGUUCUUAGGUUGAGAGGUGGCAUGCAAAUCUUUGUUAAGACUCUUACAGGGAAGACGAUAACCCUUGAGGUCGAAAGCUCAGAUACCAUCGAUAACGUCAAGGCCAAGAUCGAAGACAAGGAAGGAAUCCCUACGGACCAACAGAGACUUAUCUUCGCCGGUAAGCAGCUCGAGGAUGGCCGUACUCUUGCUGAUUACAACAUCCAGAAGGAGUCAACCCUUCAUCUUGUACUUCGUCUUCGCGGUGGCAUGCAGAUCUUUGUGAAAACCCUCACUGGCAAAACCAUAACUUUGGAGGUUGAGAGCUCAGACACAAUUGACAAUCUUAAAGCUAAGAUUCAAGAUAAGGAAGGGAUCCCUCCGGACCAGCAGAGACUUAUCUUUGCCGGUAAGCAGCUUGAGGACGGUCGCACCCUUGCAGAUUACAACAUUCAGAAGGAGUCGACCCUUCACCUUGUCCUUCGUCUUCGCGGGGGCAUGCAAAUAUUUGUGAAAACCCUUACUGGCAGAACCAUUACCCUAGAAGUUGAGAGCUCAGACACCAUUGACAAUGUGAAAGCUAAGAUUCAAGAUAAGGAAGAAAUCCCUGCGGACCAGCAGAGACUUAUCUUCGCUGGCAAGCAACUUGAGGAUGGUCGAACCCUAGCAGAUUACAACAUCCAGAAAGAAUCAACUCUCCAUUUGGUUCUUCGUCUUUGCGGUGGGAUGCAGAUAUUUGUGAAAACUCUUACCGGUAAAACCAUUACUCUAGAAGUUGAGAGCUCAGACACCAUUGACAACGUGAAAGCUAAGAUUCAAGACAAAGAAGGAAUCCCUCCGGACCAACAGAGACUUAUCUUCGCUGGCAAGCAACUUGAGGAUGGUCGCACCCUUGCGGAUUACAACAUCCAAAAGGAGUCAACACUCCACCUUGUGUUGCGUCUUCGUGGUGGGAUGCAGAUUUUUGUCAAGACUUUGACGGGCAAGACCAUCACACUUGAGGUCGAGAGCUCUGAUACGAUUGACAACGUAAAGGCCAAGAUUCAGGACAAAGAAGGGAUAGUUCCGGACCAGCAGAGGCUAAUCUUUGCCGGAAAACAGCUCGAGGAUGGUCGUACUUUAGCGGAUUACAAUAUUCAGAAAGAGUCGACUCUUCACCUUGUUCUCCGUCUCCGUGGAGGAAGCUUCUGAACAAGAACUAUACAUGGCGGUCAAUGGUGGCUCGAGCUUGACCACUUCGAGUCUUUUAUAGUGCUUUGGUUUUCUUUUCUUGUUUGUUGAACUUUUGAUGGGGCCGUAAUUCGGGCUAUUACCAUUCAAUUCCAAAGUGUUAUUCUAUAAAUCUAUAAGAUG